AGAUAUUUUUUUGCAGAACAAAGAAACUGAAGAAAUGAAAAAUCAUUUAAUGGAAAGAAUUAAGAUUUUAUAUAAUCAGUUCGAACAAUUUGCACAGGAGAGAAACAAAGAAUUAGAAAUGAAAGAUUCGGAAUUAUUUCAGAAUGAUGUAAAGAAAAAGAAAGAUGUAGAAAUGCUGAAUAACAAAAUUUUUGGUUUGGAAAUGAAGCUAGACUCAAGGAUAAAAGACGAGGAAACGUUGCAAACUACAUUAGCUGAGCAAUAUAAUAUUUUGAGAGAUGAAAUUAUGAAUUGGAAAAGUGAAAUAGAAUGUGAGACACAACAACAAUACGAGAAUCUGUUGUCCAAAGUUUCUGAAUUGAAGAAAGCUGUUGCAAAAUUAGAAAAAUCGAAAGAAAAAAGUGUUUAUGACCACGAGAAAAAAAUGUUGAGAGUGAUUCAGAACAAAGAUUUGGAAAUAAAAAGCUUGCAGUUACAAUUGCAAGACCAAAAGAAUGAAUUCUCUACAAUUUUAAAUACUAAAAAGCAUAGUGAAAUAGAUAAUAUUGUCACACUUUUAGAAAAGAGGUACAAAACAUUGUUAGCAGAAACUGAGGCAUCAAAAGAAUCUCAAACACAGGAAUAUCUUAAGAAAAUAGCAGAAUUAGAAGAUCAAGUACUUAAUCUCAAGAAAUUUUGAAUUAGAUUUAUAGUAUAGUGAGAAUAUAAACUAUAGUUUAUAACAUCGUAUAAUUAUUAUAAUUAUAUAAAUUAUAUCUUUAUCAUUAGUCUGUGAAAAUAAAUGUAAUCGGUCUGCACAUAAUGUAGUGCAGUUAUUAUUGUAUAGUCAUACAACGUAGUUGUAGUCAUUAAUAGGAUUUCUCUAAGAAAAUCCAUUUUAAUGAAGUAUCAGCCAGUAAA